CCGGCAUGUUUCAAAAGACUCAUUCACAUUUUCCCCUCAACAUAAAUACAUUCCUCGAAACAGGGUGCAGAACUUUGGAUGUUUGCGCACACAGUGCGCGUGCUUCUCGGAGCUUCGAGCGGAUUUUAACGCUCCAUGUAAGAUCGGCUGAGCUGCCAUGCUCGAAGCACAUCAAACACUUUCAGUGGACUGUUUGAGAGCAUGAAGAUGGAUACACAAUAAAGGUUUGCAGAACUCUGACACCAGAUAUCCCUCCCAGAUCACAGCAGACUCGUCAUUUCCCUCUUGCCACAUCCCACUGUCUAAAUGUGAAUCCCUUUAUAAAGAAAUAAUAAUGUGAGCCCUGGUUCUCCUUGCUGAUCAUCAUGGGAUGUGGCACCUCUGUUGCUACGGAAACGCAAGUGAAGAGACUGGAAACAGAUGAGGCGGUUAGGAGUCCCAGUCCAGCUCUGACGAUGAAAGCAGCUGUUUUGAUCCAACGCUGGUACCGGCGGUACAUGGCCCGACUAGAGAUGAGACGCAGGUACACCUGGAACAUCUUCCAGUCCAUCGAAUACGCUGGGGAACAGGAGCAGCUACAGCUUUCUAGUUUCUUCACCUACAUGCUGGAUAACUUCACUCAGCUAAAUGGAAAUGGGCCAGACCUGAUCUCGCAGUUGCUGGACCCGGUAGUUGACCCCUGGUUGGACAGAGAGACCUGCUACAAUCUGAUUUCCGUCCCCGAGUCUUACACAGGGCCCCGGAUUUCCUUCCCCCUCACCGUCUCUGAUACCGCUGCCCUCCUCAGUGCUUUUAAGGAGCAGCAGAUUCUACAUGCCAAGUAUGUCCUGCAGCUGCUGAAUGAAACCAAAAAACUUCUCAAACAGAUGCCAAAUAUUGUCCACUUGUCAACGUCCUACACUAAGGAGAUCACCAUAUGUGGUGAUCUGCACGGCCGGCUUGAUGACCUCCUCCUCAUAUUUUAUAAGAAUGGACUUCCUUCUGCUGAGACGCCAUAUUUGUUCAACGGGGACUUUGUGGAUCGUGGGAAAAAGUCUGUUGAAGUAGUCACUCUUCUGUUCGCUUACCUUCUGCUUUACCCCGACCACAUGCACCUCAACCGAGGAAACCACGAAGACCACAUAAUGAACCUGAGAUAUGGUUUCACAAAAGAAGUCAUGCUGAAGUACAAGACCUACGGCCAUGAGAUCCUCCAGCUUUUUCAGGAUGUUUUCAGCCUUUUGCCCAUCGCAACAGUUAUUGAUGGAAAGAUCCUGAUCGUGCACGGAGGGAUUUCAGACCAGACUGAUCUGGAAUUUCUGAGUUCCGUAGAAAGGUACAAGGUAAAAUCUGCCCUGAGAUUUCCCAGAUGCAGCUUGGAGCAGCUGGACAUCGGAAGGUCAUACAGACUGGCCAAAAGAAUGAGAUCGACUGACAGCCCUCGUUCCGGCAGCAGCCACAGCUACAACGAGAGCCAAAGAAGCCCCAGACAGAGAAAAAGAAGAUGUGGACUGAGUUCACAAGACAGCGCUGCCUCCACUUCCUCCUCAUCCUCGUCGUUGUCAUCCUCUUCUUCGCUCUGCUCUCCAAGAACUCCUUCCUCCCUCUCACCUCGCCCAUGUCCUCCUUCUCCCAGAAUGCCUCACAGUGUCCUCCAAGUGCCUUUCUUGGACUCCUUGUCCUCUGUUCCCCUUCCAUCACCUCCACAGCAUGAACAGGAGUGGAAACAGAUUGUGGAUAUAUUAUGGAGUGACCCUAAAACCCAAGAGGGCUGCAGCCCCAACACUUUCAGAGGCGGAGGCUGCUACUUCGGUCCUGAUGUCACUAAAAGACUGCUGCUGCAACACGGCCUGCAGCUGCUUAUCCGCUCUCAUGAGUGCAAGCAAGAGGGAUAUGAACUCUGUCAUGACGGACAGGUGAUCACCAUCUUCUCUGCUUCAAACUAUUAUGAAGUUGGAAGCAACCGUGGCGCAUACAUCAAACUGGGUAGAGAACUGGUUCCUCGCUUCUACCAGUACCAAGUCAGCCGCACAACACGCAAGCUUACCUUAACACAGAGAGUCCAAGCAGCAGAAGGUUCUGCUCUCAGGGCGUUAAAGGAGAAGCUGUUCGCUCAUCGAUCAGAGCUGAUGACGGGCUUCCAGCAGUUUGACCAGAGUGACGCUGGUAGCAUUACAGUCAGUGAAUGGGCUCAGGUGCUGGAGGCCAUUCUGAGACUGGAUCUGCCCUGGAGGACACUUCGACCACAUUUAGCUCGCCUGACACCAGAUGGCAGCAUUGAGUAUCAGUCCUGCUUUGAGGACAUGGGGCCAGGAGUUCCUCUGCCUCAGGUCAGAGGGAAACAGGUCGCUCCAAAUUUGGCUGAAACUGUGUUCAGGUACAGGACGGACAUAGAGAUCAUUUUCAACAUCAUAGACAAAGAUCAUUCAGGUCUGAUCUCCACUGAGGAAUUUCGCCACACCUGGCGCCUUUUCAGCACUCACCUUGGGAUUGAUAUUGACGAUACAGCCAUUGAUGACCUGGCCCGCAGUAUUGACUUCAACAAAGAUGGUAGUAUUGACUUCACUGAGUUCUUGGAGGCCUUCAGAGUGGUCCACAAACUGGACUUUAAGGAGCAACUUGGUGAAAAGGUGGAUGAAGUGAAGUAUUCAGGAGGAAAGCACUUGUGAAAAGGAUUAAGACACAAAAAGUGGUCUGAAACUCUGAAAAGGGUGAGGUAAGUUAGUACUUUUAAGUUUUGAGGGGAAACUAUACUGAACAGUAAGCUGCAAAUAAAGCUGAUUCUGAAAAACGAAAAGAAAAAUGAAACCUCUAAGUCUGAAGAAACAUUGAGUAAGAUAAUUUUAAAAGAUUACUGUAAUGUCUGUCUGCAUCUGAAAAUAGGAAUAAAAUGGAUUUGAUCAGCCCUUUAAUCGUCAUUUUGUUUUAAAUGUGGUGUUCUGACCAGCAGAUGUCGCUGUUUUGUGGUUAGAAAAUGCAAAUUAAACAUUAAAUCUUACCAUGAAAACUGAGAUCUUCUUACAGCUCUGAUGUUUUGUGCAUGAGCCCCAAAUCUGAGUAAAAAGUACAAAUUCACAUUUCUCAACUAUUUUAUUUUAAACAGAAAUCUUCAAAGAGAUCUUCUGAAAUUGUGGCUUUAUUAAUUUAUUUAUUGCUUUUUUAAGCAUGUUUGUUUACCUUGUUGUUUUUUCACCUUUUUAUUUGAUUUCUCUACUAAUUGUCUUUUCCAUGUGAUUUAAUUCCUUUGAAAUUUCAUAAUUCUGUUAUGAUUAUAUAUGUUCUGUAAUGAUCUUUGAAAAAUGGUAUUUCUGUUAAUAAAUAAAGCUGAGUUGAGCUUCAUGAUGCUCCUGCAGCACAAGAACCAGA